CGGCAGCGUGCAGCGGUGCGGGGCCGAGCUGAGCGGAGAGGCUGAGCUGUGAGGCGGUGCGUCUCCCUGACGGCACCGCAGCAUCAGCAACACAAAAGAGCAGAGAGGACGGAUCGGCCGGGGAGGAAUCGCGUCUGCAGACAAAAGAGAGAAGACGGCAGGGCAAAUUCCAGCCCUUCAAACGGCUGUUUGGGAAGAAAAAGAAAAGGGCGGCGAAAGGCAGCUUUGCGGUGCUGAAAGCUAGAUUUUCAACCGAGGAAGUGUGUAAUGGAGUUGUAUCCGAAGAUGAGGAGUGUAAUCAAAAUCUGAGGGAGUUGAAUCCCAUCGGGUCUCGAGCUCUCUCACACGACAGCAUCUUCAUCCCAGAGGACACGGUGAAGCCCGGUCUAGAUCACAGCAUGUCCCAGGAAAACGUCUCGGAUAAAGUCAAGAAUCUGCAGAGGCAGAUAGCACAGGGUAUAAAGUUUGGCCAGAGGCCUCUUUCACUUCGGAGGAGUGAAGGAGACGAGGGGACAUCAGAUGAGGAAGAGGUUCCUCAGAGUCCCCUAAAGGUUUCUGCACAAGUAGAAGUUGAGCCACCAACAAUGGAGCCAAAGCAGGUCCAAGGAGCUCAGUCGCCCGGGCAGCACAGCACCCCCCUGAAAUCCCAGAGGUCCAAAAGAGUUCUUCCAUCCACUGGCACGAUAGAAUCCGUCAACCUAGAUGCUGUUCCUCAGUCUGUUCCUCUUUUGGACAACACUGCUGCCAAACAUAAACUCUCUGUUAAACCGAAAAACCAGAGAAUUUCCCGGAAACACAGACGCUUCACCCAGGAGCUACAGGAGGUGUCGAUUCCUGGAGUAGUGCAAGAGGAUCUGGAGGAAGCUGGUGCCUCAUCAGAAAACCAGUUCAGAGCAUCAGUAGAAGAUUCCCAGCAAAGCCUGAAGAAACAGCGACUGCAUGAAGAAGAAAAACAGGAGGUAAGGAGGAGGAGAGAACUGGAAGAGCAGCGGCUCAGAGAAGAGGAAGAGGAAAAGACCAAGAGGGCAGAGGAGUUGAGGCUGCGUAAACUGGAGGAGGAGAGUUGCCGUAGGAAACAACAAGAGCAGGAAGAGAUGAGGAUGCGAGAGGAAGCAGAGAGAAGGACAAGGGAGAAGGAGGAAAGGAGGAUCAGAGAAGAGGAGGAGAGGAGGCAGAAGGAGGUGGUGGAGAGGAGGAAAAGAGAGGAGGAAGAAAGGAGGAUCCGAGAAGAAGAGGCAAAGAGGCAGCGAGAGGAGGAAGAACAGGCGAGAAAGAUGGAAGAGGAAAGGAGGAUGCGAGAAGAGGAGGAGCAUCAACAGCGGCUGGAAGACGAGAGGAGACAAUUGGAGGAGCAAAGGAGGAAAAAGGAGGAAGAAAGGAGGAGAGGAGAAGAGGAAGCAAGAAAACAACAGGAGCUUGAGGCAGAAAGGAGGAGAAAGCAAAAAGAAGAAGAGGAGGAAAUGAAGAGAAAAGAGGAAGCUGUGAAACUGAGGUUGAAAGAGAUAGAGGAAAAGAAAAUUACAGAAGCAGAGGAAAGGGUGAGAAAAGAGGAUCAGAGGAGAAUGUCGUUAGAGGAAGCUAACGGAAGCUCGGACACACAAGAGAGGAAGAGGAAAGCCGAAGAGCUAAGAUGGAAGGAGAUGGAGGAGAGACAAAGGCCUUUCUCUUUCAAAGUCUCCUCAGGAGAGAAACAGAUUCUCUUCCAGAAGGUCAACUUGACACCUGUUACUCCAGCCUCAAGCCACCAGAGCCCUGCCGCUUCCGAUCAAAGAAAAGGAGCUAAGGCAUCCUCCCCUGAAGGACCAGACUCCCCCAACCUGCCUGCGUCUCCAUAUAUCCCCCAUACAGCCAUCCUGGUGACAGGUGCCCAGCUGUGUGGGACAGCCGUCAAUUUAGACCAAAUCAAAGACACUGCUUGUAAGUCCUUGCUGGGUUUGGGAGAUGAUAAAAGGGGCCAAGGAACACCGCCAGCGAAAAGCAAAACCUCUCCGGACCGCAAGUCUGGGAAAACCAAAUCACUCACCGAGUCAGCGCUCUCUACAGACCAGUCCAGCGCAGCGGUACUGGCAGAAUGGGCAAGUAUAAGAUCAAAGAUUUUCAAGGGGGUAGAGGAUGGGAAGUAUGAUGAAUACUCAGACUCCUCAAGCAAGACUCAACCACAGCCCGGUAGUGAAGAGUCUCCGUUUGCACAUGCAAAUCUCAGAAAGACUAUGUCUGCUAGCGCCAAAUUCUCCAUCACCCCAGCAAAGAAGAAGUUUGGAGAUUCAAACAGGAACUCUGAAGUGUUUGGUCAAGAGGAUAAAGAAGCAGCAGUGGAACCUCCUCGGCCUGAUAGCCUCAUCACAGCCUCUCCAGUCCUUACCACUAAACCUCAAAACAGGACGAGUAAAACUGUCCGCAUCGUAGAAAGAGGGUCAGAUGAGUGUAUGUUUGCAAAAGACCUCCCAUCAUUCCUGGUUCCCAGCCCCGGAGACCGACCUGUUGGGUCAGAACUGAAGAGCCGGCUUCAGAGCGAACCAGCGAUGUCUGACAGCAGAGGAGACGGAGUGGAGCAAGGACAGGACAGUGAAGACCAACCCUCUCCUUUUGGUAUAAAGCUGAGGAGGACAAACUUCUCUUUGCGUUUUCACAGCGAGCAGUCCUCAGAGAAAAGGAAGAAGCGCUACAGUGCCGGAGACUGCUUCGACGGCGUCCCCUCACCUCUCACCCCCAUUGAGCCAGACUCUGAUGCGUCCUCUGUCUUUUCUGACAAAUCCAGUCCCACUUCGCCACAGAAAGAUGUUUUUAGCAAGUACUUCCAGCCAUCUUCCUCUCCCGCCAUACCCCGGGUUAAACCCGGUAAGAUCAGCAGCCCAACAGCGCACAACGAAAGUGAGAAAGUGCUUCCUAAACCACCGCCGUAUCGACGACCAGCUACAUCACCUAAACCUUCAAAUGCAGUCCCAACACCUCCGCCAUCCCCGCUACCUAAGGUACUCCACAGGUCCCCCUUUGAUGAUGCAGCCCAGAGGACAGGGGCUGCAGAUUUAUCCACCCAGGAGCAGACCAACAGGGGCGAGGAACCAUCAGCAGUGGCUCAGCUGCAACAGAGCAGCGAAGGCCACGCCCAAGUUGAAGAGGAGAUAAAGGAAAAGAGAUCAUUCUUCCCCUCCCUCAACAUCCCCUGGAGAGAGAAAACGGACAGAAAGACAGAGCUCGUCAAGAAAGAAAAACCCUCCCUACAGAGCCGGCACUCCCUGGACAGUUCAAAAGUCCAGGAGAAGGAGGCGGGGCCCUUGUGGAUCACGCUGGCUCUGCAGAAGCAGAAGGGCUUCAGAGAGCAACAGCAGAACCGCGACGAACGUCGAACCCAAAGAGAGUCCAAACUGAGCGAAAAGCAAACUAGAGAGAAAGAUGGCGCUGGACUGGUGAGCCCCGCAGAGAGCAAGGGAAGCGGGAGCACCACUCCUUCUUCCAAGCCUCAGACACCAGACGAGCCCAAGAGACCCGACAGCCUCCUGGGAAGAUUUGAGCGCCGAGACAACUUGAAAAAGGCCAACACUUUACCGAGCUCUGUCACUGUGGAGAUUGCAGACUCGACGCCGUCGCCCCCGGCCGUGAAGGACGUAUCAAAGCGCUUCCCUUCCAGUGACUCUCCGCAGGUGUGCACGGAGCCGGCCUGGCUGGCACUGGCGAAGCGGAAGGCUAAAGCCUGGAGCGACUGUCCUCAGAUCAUCAAAUAACCCCCUCCCACACACACACACACACAUUACUCCGGCUUCGUGGCGUUCAUUGAUACUGCACACUGCCCUUGGACUCUGAAGCACCUGGAGAGUCACCGUCACCUGUCCCCACCCUCCAAAAGCAGCACAUCUCUCAGCGUGGAAACUCCUGACUCCGCAACAAGAAAAUCACCCCGUAACCCUCCACACACUGGCUGCUAUUACUAUCAUAUUAAAGUGCGCUUCACAUUUAAAUGUUCCAAUAAAAAUUGCACAGAUUUAUGAAAACAAAUGUUGAAAGCAUGCGUAUAUCUUAAACGAACACCCAAAGUUUCUGUCGCCUUAAGGCAAAGUUCUCAACAGCCAAUCACAACCGUGGCGGGCCGCUGCAGUAGCCAAACCCUUCUCAAAUGGAUCCUUCGCUCAUCACAAUAUAAUACUCUUGUAUUAUUGGGUGAAGCUCUGACGAACGGCAGUGUUAAAUCUCCAGAGGGUAUGAGUGUGAAUUGUGUUUUAAGGGCUACCUUUAAAAAUAAUAACUCAGCAUGACUGUGCUUCUGGACAGCUGAUGGAAGUGUGAAGGGCAUCUUCUCUGUCCUCCUUGGUAUUAUUUAUGUAAAACAGCAGACUUACCUUACACUGAAACUAUACUGUAUCUUUUCUCUGAGCCUUGUUUGCUGUGUAAAAAAAAAGAAGAAAAAAAUGCAUUGUUUUUCUUUCUUUUUGUCGUCGUUUUUGAAAUCAUACUGGAAACCUUAGCAUAACAGUUCUUUCUGUGUCCGUGAUGACUGUGAUGGCUGUCCAAGAACUUUUUGUACUAUUUCGUCAUUAUACACCAUCAGAACCAGUCUUUAACAGCGUUUUUCACAGCUACACGAUGACCUAGUUUGAAAUCUUUGCUUUCCUCAUGCAAGACGGACACAACUGCUCGGCGUGACUUACGAUUCCUGUAGCUGUCUAACACAUGUAUGUUUGCAGGCUUACACCGUCACUUCCUCUUAAAUGUGAUGCGACGUUAAUGCGAGCAUUUCCGAUAGCAGAACAUAUCCUGCCACUCAUGCAAUGAUCUGUAAGUAGCUGUCUGAGCUGUGCGACAGUCAGGUGUCACCGGAGCUUUGCUCGGAGAGAGGCCGCUACGGCUGAGUCACUUUGUCAUUUUGUUUCUUUUGAUCGUGCACAAUAGUGUAGAGUACACAGUGUUAUAUGUAACAAAAAUGUUUGGUAUUAUUUGCACUUUUGGUCCACUUAGAGAUAUUCAUGAGAAAAUUCUUAAAGCGAUACAAACUGUUAUGAAUGAUGUAAAUUAAAUACUGAUGUCUGAA